AUGGCGUCCGAAUUCAUUGGCCUGCAGAUGCUGGUGACGGUCCGCGGUGAUCCGCCCCGGCGGCUCAAGGGGACCAUCAGUGCUGUCGAAGCCGGCGCCGGUCUGACGCUCAGCAACGUCUGGGUUCUCGGAACCAAUGAAUGGAAACCCCGCCUCACCAUCCCUUCAACAGACAUCUCCGAUCUCUCCGAGGUCCCUGCUGCCCCUCCGCCGCAAGCCGUCCAGGCCGCCCCUCCCGUUCCGCAGCAGCCACCGUCUCAGCCUGCCGUGUUCGUGGACCCCGCUAUUCUGGCUGUGGGAAAGCCUCCCGCCACGGUAUCCUCAAGUCGUGUUCCCGAACUCCAUCCGCUGCCUAAUACGAGCGAGAAGCGAGACCCAGGGCCAGUCGUUAUUCCUUCGGUGCAAAUCGCCGGUACAUCCCGCGAGGUGACGCCUACAAAUGUGACCGCCUCUUUGAAGGGACUGAAGCUUGGAACCGGCGGUGUAACAGCUGAGUCGGCCGAGGAAGAAGGCGCUGAAAUUGCCCUCGACUACGGCGAAGUGGUUGGCCAGAAGAAGAAGCGACGACAACGAAAAGCUGGGAACCCAAAGACAGUGGCGCUGGAGGACUUUGAGACGUCACCCGCCCCUGCAGUGAAAACAACGGGCGGAGGAAAGGGCUGGAGGCAGACGCCAAUACUGCAAAGCACAGCAGCCUUCCAACCUUUCAACUCACUUAAACGAAACCGCAAGGGCCGGCCGGCCGUCGACAACGGGUGGGCCUCCGAGGACGUUACUGACGUCCAGGAGAUGGGCGACUUCGACUUCGAGGGCAGUCUAGCCAAGUUUGACAAGCACAACCUGUUUGAGCAGAUGAGGAAGGAUGACUUGAUUGACGAGGCUGAGCGCCUGGUGUCUCACAACCGGGUACCGCGCCCGAAGCCGGGGACCGCGGGCGGCAAGAACCUGCACCACUCCGAAAAUGUCCUCGACAUGCCGCCGACCAUUCUCAAGCCAGCUAAGGAUAGGCCAGUUGCCAAGGAGACGCCCAAUGACUUCUGGAACAGCGAAGCUGACGAUGGGCUACCAAACAACAGCGAGCGGUUGAGCGGGAGAGACCUAGGGAUGGGAAGCAGACAGAGCUCUCGCCGUGGCGAGAGCAAAGGCGCAGGCGGCAGGCGUUCACAGUCGCGCAAAGCUAACGAAACGGCCAGGACAGGGUCUGGCCCCAGCAGAGUCAACUCUGGUGUAAGCCACUACCGUACCCAGUCUCUCAAGGGGAGUCGGCCGAGUAGUCGACUUUCGUCGCGCACUGCGACCGCUGACAAGAAGAAGCAGCUCCCGACGCCAGCCGCUCCGCAGGCUCUCUACCUGCUGCCGUCAAACCGGCGGGUCGAGCCUGUCUCGGCGCUGCAGAUGUUCAACCUCGAGAACAUUGCUCAUAACGAGAUCGGUCUGACCGAGGAGAUGAUGACGGAGAACGCAGGCCGCGGCAUCGCCGAGGUGACACUAAUUGCUCUCUCUGACCCAGCCAUCAAGGUCCGUCAUGCAGGCAACGUCGACCAGACGACGGGCAGCCCGGCGCCGCAGACCGUCGUCGUCCUGGCCGGCAACAACAAGUCCGGCUGCCGCGCCAUCGCCGCCGCCCGCCACCUACGCAACAAGGGCAUCAACGUGCUGGUGUGCGUGGUCGGUCUGGAGCGCGGCGAGCGCGAUCUGUUUGAGGACGUCCAGCAGCAGGUCCGCCUCUACCGCAACCUCGGCGGCCGCGUCUUCACCAAGGGCGACUUCUUCGAGCACAUCCGCAAGAUCAGCAUCCCCAUGCUAACCAUCGACACGCCGCGCGCCUCGCUCAGCAGCCUGGCCAACCCGGCGCCCGUCAUGCUCAUCAUUGACGCGCUGCUCGGGCUGGCCGUCUCGUUCGAGGAACUCCGAAACGGCGACCAGGCGACCGUCUACGAGCUGAUCGAGUGGGCCAACCGUAACGAGGCGUUUGUCAUGGCCGUCGACGUGCCGUCGGGCGUGGAUCCCACCUCGGGAAAGGUCUGCGUCGUGGAUGGGAAUAGGUUGUAUGUCAAGCCGCGGUAUGUGGUGGCUGUGGGCGCGCCCAAACGCGGACUGCUGGAGGCCAUGAUUGCCGCGGACAAUGGGGAUGGGGAUACCGUGCUUGACGGCAAUGGGGAGGCGGCGCCGGUGCUGGAUGAUGCGGUGCUCGAGUGGAAGCUGUUUUUGGUGGAUAUGGGACUGGGCCAGGCGGUGUGGAAGAAGGCUGGGACCAAGAUGAGGAAGGGGGUUGAUUUUGAUGAGAGAUGGGUGCUGGAGAUGAGGUAUAGGGGGUUGCCGAGCGAGGGGGCUGAGGAGGAGGUUGUUUGA